UUUCCUUCCCCUCCGUGUGACGUCAGCGUUCGAGGCCACGCCCAUUCCGAACGUUCGUACAAGAUGGUGGCUGGAUCAAAGUGACAGGUAGCUGGAUGAAGCGCCACCAGAACUCCUCGGGCUCUCUCACUAAUGGCUUCAGCUCGUCCUCUCCAGACCCCGGCUCCGCAGGAGGGGAUGAAAGCGGGGCCCUCCUGUCAUUCUCAAACAGCCUGACUGCCAUGCUGGGCGCCUCUCGGAGGAAAAGGCCAGGAAGGCGAGCCAUGGCCGAGGGCCGGGGCACCAUCAAGGUGGAUCUUCCUAACCAGCAGAGGACGGUGGUGACUGUCCAACCAGGUACGACUGUCUACAGCUCUCUAGACAAGGCCCUGAAGGUGCGUGGGCUCAACCAAGACUGCUGCGUUGUCUACAGGAAAGUAGGUGGCGGGCGAAAAACCAUCACAGAUUGGGAAACAGACCUGGUCAAUCUGGAAGGGACCGAGCUCUCAGUGGAGGUUCUGGAAGACGUGCCACUCACUAUGCACAAUUUUGUCCGCAAGACUUACUUCAGCUUGGCCUUUUGCGAUUUCUGCCGUAAGUUCCUGUUUCAUGGCUUCCGCUGCCAGACCUGUGGCUACAAGUUCCACGAACACUGCAGCAGCAAAGUCCCAACCGUCUGUGUGGACCUGGCUACUACACAUAAGCCUGUUUACAGCCAUGACCCGUGGACAGACCCUUCACUGUGGCAAGAUAUUGUCCCUGUUACCCCAGCCCGGGCUAAUCACGAACCCAUGACCCCUCAGACCUCUAGCUUACACAAGCAGCCACUCCACAGCCCGGACGCCUUCACCUUCCCCAGCCUUCAUGGCGACGGGCAGCGUCUCCAACGGCAUCGCUCCACUUCGACCCCGAAUGUCCACAUGGUCAGCACCAUCAGUCCGGUGGACAGCAGCAUGCUCGAGUUCAUCAGCCGAAACUACCAUGCAGAUGGUCCCGGUGGGCCAGAGCUGCCGCCUCGUACCCCGCCGCCCCCCACAGUUCCCAGCAUGGCUGCGGUUUCACCUGGCCGACGUUCCCCGCAUCCCAAGUCCCCUGGCGAGUCCCCAAGAGAACACAAAGCUCCUGUGGAAGACAAGAAGAAACCUAAGCCUUUGAACUAUCGGGACUCGAGCUAUUAUUGGGAAGUUCCCUCCAAUGAGGUAACCUUGCUGAAGCGCAUCGGGGCCGGCUCCUUCGGCACGGUCUUCCGGGGCCGCUGGCACGGGGACGUCGCGAUCAAGAUCCUCAAGGUCACCAAUCCCACCUGCGAGCAGGUGCAGGCUUUCAAGAACGAGAUGCAGGUGCUCAGGAAGACUCGCCACGUGAAUAUCCUACUCUUCAUGGGGUUCAUGACCCGGCCCAGCUUUGCCAUCAUUACCCAGUGGUGCGAAGGCAACAGCCUCUAUCAGCAUCUGCACGUACAAGAGACACCCCUCGAAAUGGUGCAGCGGAUUGACGUGGCCCGGCAGACAGCGCAGGGCAUGAAUUAUCUUCAUGCUAAGCAGAUAAUCCACCGAGAUCUCAAAUCCAACAACAUCUUCCUGCAUGAGGGACUGACGGUGAAGAUCGGCGACUUCGGCCUGGCCACGGUGAAGACUCGCUGGAGUGGCUCACAGCAAGUGGAACAGCCCAGCGGCUCCAUACUUUGGAUGGCAUCUGAAGUGAUUAGGAUGCAAGAUGACAACCCCUACAGCUUCCAGUCCGACGUCUACUCCUACGGAGUGGUUCUGUACGAGCUGAUUACCGGGACCCUUCCCUACAGUCACAUCAACAACCGAGACCAGAUCAUAUUCAUGGUUGGCCGGGGGUAUUUGUCUCCUGACCUAAGCAAAGUGCCGAGCAAUUGCCCCAAAGCCAUGCGCAAGCUGAUGUGCGAUUGCCUUAAAUUCAAGCGUGAAGAGAGACCCUUGUUUCCCGAGAUUUUAGACACCAUUGAGUCACUCCAGCACUCCCUGCCUAAGAUCGAGCGCAGCGCCUCUGAGCCCACACUCCAUCGGGUGGCUCACAACGAAGAACUGACCCCCUUCGCUCUGCCCACUAUCCUGCGGCUUCGCAGCUAACAUGAUGCGAGGGUCAAAAUGCCCACCAAGGCCACAUACCCCUCAAGGCCAGCUCCCUCCGAUUUUCCGCCCUCCAGGAGGGCAGCCUCAGUCCAAGGCGUUGCAUUGCCUUUCUGCUCCUGUGUACAGAGAGACUUGAACUUAGUAGGGAGCUUCCGUCGGGCUCGACUUCCUCACUCCACAGCCUGCAAUCCCAGCAGGGGGCGCCAGAGCAGAAAAGGCGACGCUCUCCUCUGCGGGCGGUUUGGGCGCCAUCUUCCCCAGGUGUAUUUUUAUGGGGCGCUCCUCCUGUUUGGGGAUUUUGUGGGAGGUAUCCUUGGAAGAGGGAGCAUGUUCCCAUAGAAACAAAAAGCGUAAAAUAAAAUGAAAAGAUUAU